AUUCGAAUGGCUUGUGACGUCUUCUUGGUGGGAGCUCGACUUUUCUGAGUGCUGUAAAGUAUGUACUUUGUUGAUUUUCUACCCCUGAUCGCGGAAACGUUUGAAAAACUAUGAAAAUUGUCUUCGAGAAAAAUUUAUUCGAUUGAUUCUAUGCGUAUUUCUUAUUGGCAGACACUGGCUUGGCACCUGUUGUAUGGUACUGCUCGUGCGUUUGUAUCUAAAUUUCAUACUUAAGCACCUACGUAAACAUUAAAAAUUCAUAAAAACAUAGUCAUCCAUCAGUCGUCAGGUGAUUCACAAAACUUUAAACACAAUCUGCUUAUUGUUCAGCGAUUUAUUCACGUAAAUAAAAAAUGAACGUAGCUAAAAAAUUAUUUUGAACGAUUUUGUUUCGCAUAAGUAUUUCGUAUGAUUUUCAAAGUAUUAGUGAUAAAGAAAGGACGAACUUUAUGGUUAAUGAUCAUCAAUGCAGAGUAUUCAUUCAACUAUGAAGUCCUUACGAAGUGUAUUCGUCAUUUUAACGAUUUUUUUAUUCAUCGAAGAAACAAUCUCAAUGACAGAAGUUUUCUUACCCAGAGAUGGUAUCAAAGAUCCAUUGGCUGUAAUAUAUAAGGGAGAGACGUUGUCGUGGGAACUCGCUAUUCCUCAUGCCACAGACAAUGUUAAUCUGGCAGGUUAUUAUUACGAAGACGACCACGAGAAAACCGGACGAAGAGAUUACUUCUAUAUCGCAUGUGCUGCCUCUCGCGAUGAGGAUAAGGAGAAGGAUGUAGAAAAAAGGUGGAGAGCAACUGACGAGUCUUUCAAAGAAAGCAUCGUGUUUAGAAUUGAAGAUUACGAAAGCGCAAAUGUAGAGUGCACUGAAAAGUCAACUCCUUCGAUCCAAAAAUUAAAACUAACAGAUAGUAUGAAUAAUCCAAUGUACUGCGGAAAACCCGACGCAGAGCUUUAUGAAGUUGGAUUUCCGGUAUUGGUGAGCGAUGAAAGCGGUGUAGGCCCGAUUGCUAAAUUCAUGUCUCUUUACAAAAUAUGCCAUUCCAAAGCGGAAGGCGCAGGAACACUAUACACAAUUCACCAAAUAGUAUCGCCAGAUUUACUGCUACUGGAAAAGAGAACAUGGUCUCAACCUUUAAUAUCGCGGGCGAUUAAGUCUUACUUGGAUGAAGACCUUCGUAGUGUAAACAAUUUCUACGCCGAUACCCACAUUUACCGAUUCGUUGGGCCAUACUUUAUGCCAACGAGGAUUUGGGAACGGACAACGAUGUUUCCUUUUAAUUUCACACCCGUUGAACACUACAGCAUAUUCAAGGGAUUACUUAGAUUUGACAAGUUCAUUCAAUUAUUCAGCAAGACAAACAAAAUUCCUUUGACAGUGUAUUCAGGUACGUAUGAAAAAACAGUCGCGAUCCCUUACACUGAGUGGUGUGGCUUGAAGAAAUGUUCCGAAGAUGUGUCAAUCGGAUUGUUUUGGAGGAUACUUGUCGACUCUAGAGACUAUGCUAUCGUCAUAGUAACCCAACUUACGCAGAUCGACUGCGAUUUCACUGAAAACAUGUUAUGUCAAGAUGACAAAACCCGUUUCAUGUUGGAGUAUUAUGGAAAAGGUGGAAAAGGUGGUUGUAUGUACAAGUGCCCUGCGACAGACAGGAUGAUUGAAGAAUUAGGCUUACCAGCGACUGAAUUAGGAUUGAAGCACAAAGGAGUUUUAUCUUUACGUGUACCAAAGAUGAAACCGAAAAACCAAGGAACUGGAGGUGCAUCAGAUGCAGGGGCACAAUCUCACACUGAAUAUGUUGAUGUCAGUGCUUUCAUGGGAGAUAGUGCAGCUUUCGCCGCUGCUGUGAUAGCUGUUGACGGAUUUGGAGGUCUUGCAUCAAUUAUGGAUAUGGAUUCAGGUGAUGCCGGAGGUGGUUACGGUCACAGUGAAGGGGGUAAUAACGAUGGUCCUGGAGAGGGAGGUGCAGGUGGUCCUGGAGAGUGAGGUUUUGCAGGAGAAGCUGGUUGAGAAGAAGAAUGAAGAGCUUAAAAAAUAGGUAGUGAUCCAAAGGCAAACAAAUCAAAAUUUUACCUAACUUAAUUGAGUUAUUGGCAAGCUGAAAUUUAACAUUUUCUCUCUGUGUUUAGAUUUUCUUCAUUUUCAACCAUUUUCAAAUUUUGUAGAUCAACUAGAGGAGGUUUCGAGUCAUUCUAUAGAACCAUCAGUCACAUUUUGAGAAUUCCAACUCAUCAAAAAAAUUCCCUGAAAAAGCUGCAAUUUGAACAUUUUAAUAAGUAGGUCUACUUCUUUUUCCAAAAGCUCAGUUGGCUGGUGGUAAUUUCCAGCAAUUCUGGAGCUUUGCAACAACAUUUUGAAAAUUCCAAUACAAAAAAAAUGCCAUAAAGUCGGUACAAAUGAAGGCUUGUUAGCUCAUUUAGGCACAACUUGUUUUGUUACACUUUGUUUCGAAUUAGAUUUUUCAAUAUUCCUCAAAGCAGUCAAAGUUCAAAAAUUGAAUUUCAGCACAUGAAAUUUUGGCUAAUUUUUCUACCAAAUGCACAAACAACGCCAUACCUCCUAUUUAAUUAUGAAAUAACCUACUUGUACUCGUACCUAAGUAUGUACAUAAUUAUAAUAUAAAUACAUAAUUAUUAUGGACUGAUACAUUUUUAAAAGAAGAAUCAGUGUGCUAUAUAAAAUAAUUUUAUGAUUUUGUCACUACCAAUAGUAAACAAUACA